CUUACCGUGCACACAUACUUAUCGCGCGGCUGGAGCUGAAGACAGACCUUCCUUCUAGCCGCGUACAUGCGCUCUGCCUGCGCGCGAUAACGCUCCACGAUCGCCCGUUUUCGUAAAGUAGCCGUGAUACUUGACAAAGAGCAAUAGCCAUGGCGUCGGGAGGAGAGUGCGUGAAGGUAGCAGUGCGCUGUAGGCCUCUGAACGGCAAGGAGAAGGGCGACAACCGCGCCACCAUCGUGGAGGUGGACAACAAGACUGGCCAGGUCACGCUAAACAACCCGAAGGGCGACGAGCCCCCGAAGACGUUCACAUUCGACAAUGCCUUCGAUUGGAACGUCACCCAGCGCGACGUCUAUGAUGUGGUCGCGCGGCCCAUCGUUAACAGCGUUAUGGAUGGCUACAAUGGCACCAUCUUUGCCUAUGGGCAGACCGGGACGGGCAAGACGCAUACCAUGGAGGGAUUUCCCACGCCGGAGCUGCAGGGCAUUAUCCCGAACUGUUUUGACCACGUCUUUGAGACGGUCAACUCCAGCACGGGGAAGCAGUGGAUGGUGCGCGCCUCGUACCUAGAGAUUUACAAUGAGGAGGUGCGCGACCUGCUCUCAAAGGACCCUAAGAACAAGCUGGAGCUGAAGGAGCACAAGGACUCGGGUGUAUACGUGAAGGGGCUGAACGCCUUCGUGGUGAAGGGCGUGCCGGAGCUGAAGAACGUGCUGGAGGUGGGCAAGAAGAACCGCUCCGUGGGCGCCACGCUCAUGAACCAGGACUCCUCGCGCUCGCACUCCAUCUUCACCAUCACCAUCGAAACCAUCGAGCAAACGCAGGCGCAGCCGGAGGGCCAUAUCCGCGUGGGCAAGCUGAACCUGGUGGACCUGGCGGGCAGUGAGCGCCAGUCGAAAACGGGCGCCACAGGCGACCGCCUGAAGGAGGCCACAAAGAUCAACCUGUCGCUGUCCGCGCUGGGUAACGUGAUCUCGGCGCUGGUGGAUGGGAAGAGCGGCCACGUGCCGUACCGUGACUCCAAGCUGACCCGCCUGCUGCAAGACUCGCUGGGCGGCAACACUAAGACCAUCAUGUGCGCCAACAUGGGCCCCGCCGACUGGAACUACGACGAGACGCUGUCCACGCUGCGCUACGCCAACCGCGCCAAGAACAUCAAGAACAAGCCCAAGAUCAAUGAGGACCCCAAGGACGCCAUGCUGCGCGAGUUCCAGGACGAGAUCGCCCGCCUCAAAGCGGCCCUGGAGGCUGAGGGCGGCGCGCUACCGGAGGGCUUCGCCACCGGCCCCGGCGGCGAGAUCAUUGUGGAGAAGGUGGUGCAGGUACCCAAGGCGCUGGACGCGUCGUUCCUGGAGCAGAUGCGCAAGGACAUGGAGGAGCAGAUGAAGAAGGAGCUGGCCAGCCAGCAGGCGGCGGCACUCAACGAUGAGCAGCUGCAGAAGGUCAAGGAGGAGGCGGCCGCCAAGGCCAAGGCGGAGGCAGCUCGCCUAGAGGAGGAGAAGAAGAAGGCGGAGGAGGAGGCGGCGCGCAUGCAGCGGAAGCAGCAGAAAAUUAAGGCGGAGAUGGACAAGAAGUCUCUGGAUGCGGAGCAGAUCCGUGCCGAGAAGGAGGCGCUGGCCAAGAAGCUCAAGGCCAUGGAGUCUAAGAUCUUGAAGGGAGACCAGGCGGGUGGCCUAGCGGAGGUGACCAAGAAGAAGGAGGAGGAGCUCAAGCGGAAAGAGCAGGAGCUGGAGCGCAGGCGCAAGGAGGAGGAGGAGCAGCGGAAAAAGAUCCAGGUUAUGGAGGAGCAGCAGCUGGCCAUGGAGGACAAGUACAAAGACAAGGCGGACGAGGCGGACCAGAAGACCAAGAAGCUGAAGAAGCUGUGGAAGAAGUUCCAGGAGGUCAACGCGGAAGUGGAGGACAUGUACAAGGAGUUCCAGCGCGAAAAGGAGGACCUGCUGGAGAGCAUUCGCAUGCUGCAGGACCAAAUGCAGCUGAAGGACAUGGUGAUCGAGGCCUUCAUCCCGCCGGAGGAAGUGCAGAAGGUGAUGAAGCGCGCGCACUGGGAUGACGAGCGCGAGGUGUGGGUGCUGGAGCGGCUCAGCGACAUCGGCAAGCGCGAGACCGCGCAGGGCGCCAGCCGGCGGCCCGUGUCGGCGUCGGGGCAGCGCCGCCCCACGUCGGACUUUGCCAAGCUGGCCAAUGCCAUGGGCGACAUGAACCCGCGUUUCAAGAGCGAGAACAUCCUGAACCUGGAGCUGGACCUGCCGGAGCGGACAACCUACGACUACGAGGGGCCGGGCGUGGACCCGCGCGUACAGGCUGCCUUUGACUGCGUGAGCUGAGCGGACUGUCCCUGCUUGUAAUGUCGCAUUCAUACCG